CGAAACCCACGUUUGAAUGAGAUGGCCUUGGAUGCUGUGUCUCUAGCAACCUGUUAUACGUAGCAUCAAAGAUUGGCAUUGCAGUAGGAGCUGUACCCAUAAUAAAGGAGGAACCCUUCUACAGGUAGUUCCAGAUCUCCAUCGCAAUGGCCCCACACCCAGUGAUGCAGGCCAUCAUUGACCUCUCAGCUGGAGCUAUAGGAGGUACAGCAUGUGUGCUGAGCGGUCAGCCCCUGGACACAGCCAAGGUGAAGAUGCAGACUUUUCCCUCCUUGUACCGAGGCUUUGUCCACUGCUUCUCCUCCAUAUACAAACAGGUGGGUCUCCGAGGGCUCUACCAGGGUACCAGCCCAGCCCUGAUGGCUAACAUCGCUGAGAAUUCUGUCCUCUUCAUGAGCUAUGGAUUCUGCCAGGAGGUGGUUCGCACAAUGGCAGGACUGGGAACUGAGGCUCCACUCAGUGACAUGCAAAAAGCAUGUGCUGGGUCGGUAGCAUCCAUCUUCUCCUCUCUGGUCCUGUGCCCCACUGAGCUGGUCAAGUGUCGUCUUCAAGCCAUGUACGAGAUGGAAGCGUCUGGCAAGAUCGCAAAGGGCCAACACACGGUGUGGUCGGUGGUGAAGUCAGUGAUGAAGCAAAAUGGUCCUACGGGGUUCUUCACAGGCCUGACCACAACCAUCGCCAGAGAGGUGCCUGGGUACUUCUGCUUCUUCGGGGCCUACGAGCUCUGCCGAACCACGUUCGCUGACAACAUGAAGUGCAGCAAGGAGGACAUAGGAGUGGCCCCUAUUGUGUUCAGUGGGGGUUUCGGGGGUGCAUGCCUGUGGCUGGUGGUCUACCCCUUUGACUGUGUCAAGUCUCGCAUCCAGGUCAUGUCAAUGAUGGGGCGCCAGGAAGGUUUCUUCAAGACCAUGAUGACCAUCAUGAGGACGGAAGGUGUAAGGGCGCUCUAUUCUGGUUUGACUCCCACCAUGAUCCGCACGUUCCCCGCCAACGGAGCCCUGUUCCUGGGGUACGAGGCCAGCCGUAAGUUCAUGAUGAAACAGUUUGACAGCUGACCUGGUCCUCCUCCGACAACGAUGUCCCCCAUCUCUUUUUUUGCCUUGUCAUUUGUUCUGGUUAACCCUACUACGUUGUGUCGUUAACUUCCUACAACACUCCGAACUGGUUGAAAUGACCUGAUUUCAAUGAGUUCUGGUUGUAAGUGGGUUGAGCUUUGCCCGCUGGGUUGGCCUUGGAACCCACACUCCUCAGAGUGAAGCAUUGUGGCUAAUAUUAUGUUUUUAGAUACUUGACUUGAGUGUACAAAACAUUAGGAACCUAAUAUUGAGUUGCAUCCCCUUUUGCACUGAACAGCCUCA